UAAAACACAAUUCCCAUCUCUCAAAUUCUGAGUCAAACAUCACAACAAGAUCUAAAAAAAUAUCCUGUCCAAUUUCAGAAAAACUCUGAAAUGGAAACGAAACAGAUCAGAGUAAAGAUCAUGUUCUUCUUAUCUGUGAUCAUAGCAUUGCUUUGUUGUCAUCAAUCUGAAGCUCAGGCGCCAAUACCAAGUCCAAAUGGAUGCUACUCAUCGAUAAUGGAAGUUCAAGGUUGUCUCGAUGCCGUGAAAGCUGCCAGUAAAGGAGACUUUAAAGGUUUGGGUAAGGACUGUUGCCACGCCCUCAAUGGUCUCUCUGACGAAUGUUUUUUGGAUCUUUUCCCUGGAAUGUUUUACAUUGUUGUAGUCGUUAAGGCUAUAUGUAAUAUUUAUUAAUGUAUUAUAUCCAAAAAAAUUAAAUAAGAUUGA